AUGCCCGCCACCACAGCAGAGACGCUGUCGCUCGUGACCCGCAAUGUCUCGGUCGCGCCGCUCGUACUCCUCUCGGCAGCAGAUCACUAUGGCCGACAAGCCAAGGGCACCAAGAGGAGAGUAGUUGGUGUACUACUUGGACAGAACGACGGCAAGAACGUACGCGUGUCCAACAGCUUCGCGGUACCAUUCGAAGAAGAUGAAAAAGACCCCUCGGUAUGGUUUCUGGACCACAACUACGUCGAAUCGAUGAACGACAUGUUCAAGAAGGUCAACGCGCGGGAGAAGCUCAUCGGUUGGUAUCACACAGGCCCCAAACUACGGGCGUCCGACUUGGAAGUCAACGAGCUAUUCAAGCGGUACACACCUAACCCACUGCUCGUCAUUAUUGACGUUCAGCCAAAGGAAGUCGGCGUACCAACAGAUGCGUACUUUGCGGUAGAAGAGAUCAAGGAUGACGGCACAACCACCUCCAAGACUUUCGUACACACACCCUCAAUAAUCGAGGCUGAAGAGGCCGAGGAGAUUGGUGUAGAGCACCUCCUGCGUGAUAUCCGUGAUGUCGCUGUUGGCACUCUCUCUACACGCAUAACCUCGCAACUACAGUCACUCCAAGGCCUACAUCUACGGUUACGAGACAUUGGACAAUACCUCCAAAAGGUCCUUGACGAAGACCUACCCGUCAACCACGCCAUUCUCGGAAACCUCCAGGACGUCUUCAACCUCCUACCCAACCUCUCCACACCCAAGGCCGCACCAGUCGGCGGCGCAACCAACGGCGUCGGUGCCUCGGCAGGCCAGGCAGGCGCUGUUGACAAUGGCGAGCUUGCGCGUGCCAUGAGCAUCAAGACGAAUGACCAGCUCAUGGCCAUCUACCUCUCGAGUUUGAUUCGCGCCAUCACCGCUUUCCACGACCUAAUUGAGAACAAGAUUCAGAACAAGCAGCAAGCGGAGGACAAGGAGGCCAAGAAAGAAGAGGCCAAGGAGGGUGACAAGGAGAAGAAGGAUGAAAAGACCAAUGGUGAGGUCAAGGAGGGAGAAAAGGGCAAAGAAAAGGCCAAGGAGGAGCCCAAGAAGAAGGGCUGA